AUUACAGGAAGUUUCCCUUCACACUGAAAGUUUUAUUUUAUUUUUUUUUUUUAUUGAAAGCUCUGUAGUCAUGAAUUUAGACAUGAUCUACUUUUUAAUCCUCUUAAGAGAGUGUUUAUAUCUUUUUCUAUUCUUUGCAAGUGUGUUAAUGUGGCAUGGGGCAGGUCUCUAAAAUAGACUUUAAAAAGAGGAAGGAACAAACUGUAAAACAGCAGAAGAAAGUUUUCAGCUCGCAUUUGCAGUUCACUCUCCUGGAGUCUGUUUGCUGUGUCUGAAACUACAACACGUUUCCUGCAGUGAUGCCACUGAUAACGGCUCCUCCUCUUCUUCUGCUGUUUCUGCUCAUGAAUUCAGGACUUUGUAGCCAGUGGGGUGGUUUCGAUGUGAGUUACAGUCCUUCACACAUCUGUGCACUAAAGAACUCAUCAGUGAUAAUGAACUGCAUUUAUAAAUACCCUGCUGGACAUCAAAAUGUCAAAAUGUUCUGGACCAAAACACUGGUAAAAGAUAAUGGACAGUUUCCAGAUCUGUCUAAGGGCCCUGAAUACAGUCAGAGGCUUCAGUAUCUGGGAGAUAAACAGAAGAACUGCACUAUGAGACUGAGUCAUGUGACACUGAAGGAUUCACACAUGUACUAUUUCAGAUUCACCACUAAUAAACUAAGUGGAAAAUGGAUUGGUGUUCCAGGAGUGACUCUUACUGUCACAGAUCUUCAGGUGGAGUCUCCUGAGAGAGUGACAGAGGGAGAUUCAGUCCGUCUGACAUGUAAAAGCAGCUGCACUCUGACUGACAGAGCAACAUUCAUCUGGUACAGAAACUCACAGCCAUUAACUGAGAGAAGAGACAGAAACAAUGAACUCCUGCUGCAGUCAGUCAGAAGAGAGGAUGCAGGCAGAUAUAGCUGUGCUGUACACGGACACAAUCACACCUCUCCUGCUGUUGAGCUCAAUGUCAUGUAUCCUCCAAAGGAUGUCUCAGUGUCCAUCAGUCCAUCUGGUGAAAUAGUGUCAGGAGAUUCAGUGACUCUGAACUGCAGCAGUGAUUCAAACCCUCCUGCUCUGAACUUCAGCUGGUUUAAAGGAGGAACGUUUGUAAGAUCUGGAAGAAUCUACAACAUCUCAAAGAUCAGCUCUAAUGACAGUGGAGAAUACAAGUGCAGAUCCAUCAAUGAACAUGGAGAGAAAUACUCUGAUGCUGUGACUUUAAACGUCAUGUGGGUUUCUAGUGCUGAUUGGGGUGUGAGUUACAGUCCUUCACACAUCUGUGCACUAAAGGACUCAUCAGUGAUAAUGAGCUGCACUUAUACAUACCCUACUGGAUAUCAGAUCAAGAGAGUGUUCUGGACCAAAACACAAGUUAGAAAUACAGAACAUCCAGAUCUGUCUGAGGUCCCUGAAUACAGUCAGAGGCUUCAGUAUCUGGGAGAUAAACAGCAGAACUGCACCAUCAGACUGAGUCACGUGACACUGAAGGAUUCACACGAGUACUAUUUCAGAUUCAUCACUGAUAAGGAUGAUGGUAAAUGGAUUGGUGUUCCAGGAGGGACUCUUACUGUCACAGAUCUUCAGGUGGAGUCUCCUGAGAGAGUGACAGAGGGAGAUUCAGUCCGUCUGACAUGUAAAAGCAGCUGCACUCUGACUGACAGAGCAACAUUCAUCUGGUACAGAAACUCACAGCCAUUAACUGAGAGAAGAGACAGAAACAAUGAACUCCUGCUGCAGUCAGUCAGAAGAGAGGAUGCAGGCAGAUAUAGCUGUGCUGUACACGGACACAAUCACACCUCUCCUGCUGUUGAGCUCAAUGUCAUGUAUCCUCCAAAGAGCGUCUCAGUGUCCAUCAGUCCAUCUGGUGAAACAGUGUCAGGAGAUUCAGUGACUCUGAGCUGCAGCAGUGAUUCAAACCCUCCUGCAGAAAUCAGCUGGUUUAAAGGAGGAACGUUUGUAGGAUCUGGAAGAAUCUACAGCAUCUCAAAGAUCAGCUCUGAUGACAGUGGAGAAUACAAGUGCAGAUCCAUCAAUGAACAUGGAGAGAAAUACUCUGAUGCUGUGACUUUAAAUGUCAUGUAUCCUCCAAAGAAUGUCUCAGUGUCCAUCAGUCCAUCUGGUGAAAUAGUGUCAGGAGAUUCAGUGACUCUGAUCUGCAGCAGUGAUUCAAACCCUCCUGCUCUGAACUUCAGCUGGUUUAAAGGAGGAACGUUUGUAGGAUCUGGAAGAAUCUACAGCAUCUCAAAGAUCAGCUCUGAUGACAGUGGAGAAUACAAGUGCAGAUCCAUCAAUGAACAUGGAGAGAAAUACUCUGAUACUGUGACUUUAAACAUCAUGUACCCUCCCAGGAACGUGUCAGUGUUCGUAACUGGAUCUGGUGAAAUAGUUUCAGGAGAUUCAGUGACUCUGAUCUGCGGCAGUGAUUCAAACCCACCUGCUCUGAACUUCAGCUGGUUUAAAGGAGGAACGUUUGUAGGAUCUGGAAGAAUCUACAACAUCUCAAAGAUCAGCUCUGAUGACAGUGGAGAAUACAAGUGUAGAUCCAGAAAUCAACAUGGAGAGAAAUACUCUGAUGCUGUGACUUUAAACGUCAUGUAUCCUCCCAGGAAUGUGUCAGUGUUCGUAACUGGAUCUGGUGAAAUAGUGUCAGGAGAUUCAGUGACUCUGAUCUGCAGCAGUGAUUCAAACCCUCCUGCUCUGAACUUCAGCUGGUUUAAAGGAAGAACGAUUGUAGGAUCUGGAAGAAUCUACAACAUCUCAAAGAUCAGCUCUGAUGACAGUGGAGAAUACAAGUGCAGAUCCAUCAAUGAACAUGGAGAGAAAUACUCUGAUGCUGUGACUUUAAACGUCAUGUACCCUCCCAGGAACGUGUCAGUGUUCGUAACUGGAUCUGGUGAAAUAGUUUCAGGAGAUUCAGUGACUCUGAUCUGCGGCAGUGAUUCAAACCCUCCUGCUCUGAACUUCAGCUGGUUUAAAGGAGGAACAUUUGUAGGAUCUGGAAGAAUCUACAACAUCUCAAAGAUCAGCUCUGAUGACAGUGGAGAAUACAAGUGUAGAUCCAGAAAUCAACAUGGAGAGAAACACUCUGAUGCUGUGACUUUAAACGUCAUGUACCCACCCAGGAACGUCUCAGUGUUGAUAACUGGAUCUGGUGAAAUAGUUUCAGGAGAUUCAGUGACUCUGAUCUGCAGCAGUGAUUCAAACCCUCCUGCUCUGAACUUCAGCUGGUUUAAAGGAGGAACGUUUGUAGGAUCUGGAAGAAUCUACAACAUCUCAAAGAUCAGCUCUGAUGACAGUGGAGAAUACAAGUGUAGAUCCAGAAAUCAACAUGGAGAGAAAUAUUCUGAUACUGUGACUUUAAACAUCAUGUAUCCUCCCAGGAACGUCUCAGUGUUGAUAACUGGAUCUGGUGAAAUAGUUUCAGGAGAUUCAGUGACUCUGAUCUGCGGCAGUGAUUCAAACCCUCCUGCUCUGAACUUCAGCUGGUUUAAAGGAAGAACGUUUGUAGGAUCUGGAAGAAUCUACAGCAUCUCAAAGAUCAGCUCUGAUGACAGUGGAGAAUACAAGUGCAGAUCCAGAAAUAAACAUGGAGAGAAAUAUUCUGAUACUGUGACUUUAAACAUCAUGUACCCUCCCAGGAACGUGUCAGUGUUCGUAACUGGAUCUGGUGAAAUAGUUUCAGGAGAUUCAGUGACUCUGAUCUGCGGCAGUGAUUCAAACCCUCCUGCUCUGAACUUCAGCUGGUUUAAAGGAGGAACGUUUGUAGGAUCUGGAAGAAUCUACAACAUCUCAAAGAUCAGCUCUGAUGACAGUGGAGAAUACAAGUGCAGAUCCAUCAAUGAACAUGGAGAGAAAUACUCUGAUAAUGUGACUUUAAACAUCAUGUACCCUCCCAGGAACGUGUCAGUGUUCGUAACUGGAUCUGGUGAAAUAGUGUCAGGAGAUUCAGUGACUCUGAUCUGCAGCAGUGAUUCAAACCCUCCUGCUCUGAACUUCAGCUGGUUUAAGGAGAAUGAAAGCUCAGCUGUUGGAUCUGGACAGAGUUUCAGUGCACUACAGAGUGGACGCUUCUACUGUCAGGCUCACAAUCAACAUGGAUCUCAGAGAUCAGACGCUGUAACUGUGACUGUUAAAGGACAUCUGGUGAUAUUAUACAUAUCCAUUGGAGUGGUUUGUGGAGCUGCAGUGAUCAUCAUGAUGCUGAUUUGGGGAAUCAGGUGGAUGAAAAAGAGAAAUAACACACAGGAGUCUCAGAUGGUUCAUUCCAGCCCUCAUCAUGACAGACUCAAAGCUUGUGAUGUUGAAUUGAGUGAAUCUGUGUAUGAGAAUGUAACGGCUGAUCAACUUGGUGAUUGUAAACCCGAACUGAACUCGUCUGUGUAUGAAAAUCUUCCAGCUGCUCAACUUGAUGAUUGUAAACCCGAACUGAACUCGUCUGUGUAUGAAAAUCUUCCACCUAACAACAAGAGGCUGUAAAUUUUGAAUACAGUAAAUAUUACAGCCUUUAUGCAUCUCUUUGUGGGUGGAGCCCUGAAUGAUUGACACGAGUGCCAUGAUGACAUGUGACUGAAGUAAUUUGGGGAUCUUUUUAUAGAUGGAUGGGCAAAAAUGGAAGUAAAACAUUAAUGAAUUGAUGUAAAA